AUGCUUACACGCUACUUCUCCACUGAGCCACGAGAUCGCGCUCAGUGCAGUGGACUUGAUAGCAGUGGACAGCACGCACCUGCGGCCGAUGACUCGAAGGGCGCCGGCGAAGAGGACGAGGGUGUCUGCGCAGAAGGACUGCAUGAUGCUCUGCUGCACCCGCCGCCUCCUCUUCACAAUGACACACAUGUCGACAGGGAGCGGCUUCACGUCGCCGUACAACAUGGGCUCGGCAAUGAUGUCCAAGGAGCCGUCCAGAAGGGAGUGUUUCUACGCAGAUGGACUUCUUGA